CAGAUCUCCAUUUUGAGGUACUCGUGUCAAUCACGAUGACCGUCGGGAACCUCGCUUCGAAUGAAUUUACAUGUUGAACUUACACAAGCACUCGAGCUAUAAGGACCAAAAAAUUAACUAAUUAAGAUAUUGAAGAAAAGAAAACUUACCAAGUCUUUGAUGAGGAUAACCAUGGCGACUGUUGGUGGGGGAAAACACACCACAACUUUGCAGAAGGUUUAACUGCGAACUGGAAAAUGACAGAGUUUCUGCACAGGCACGGCGGGUUAUUUGCAACGCCCUCCUCCCAUCUAAAGUCAAGCUGGACGCACACAGCCAUAAAAGGAAGUCGUAUUUUCGAAAAUAAAAGUGAGUACGAUCGAAAACAAAUAGCCCGAUCGCAAUGGAAGAACCCAGCAUCGGAACUCUUCCCAAGGAUGCUCAGCGGUUCGUGGCUGUUCAGCAGGCUGAGUUUGCAGAAGCCAGUCUGAGUCGGAGUAGGUUAUGUUGUGAAGGUCCUGCUUUUUCCUUUCAUCAAACGUCUUGGGAGAUGAUUCCAAGUGACCAGAUGGAGGCUGGGGCUUCCAGCAAUUGGGAGGAGACCGCAGGAGACUGGAUCGACACACAUUGCAGUGCAACUGGGCUACAGGUCCUUAGCAAUAAUCCUUCUCCAAAGGGUGACAGGUGUGAUAUUGAGCUCAAUCAAACCCUCUCCAGUACAGCGAUACAUUCAGAAGAUAUGGAGCAUGAUAUAGGAUUCGUGUGGCCAGAUGAAAUCAACCAAGAGCUUUUUGGGAAUAUGACAGGGCUAAAUGACAUUUGGAAAGAUGAGGAGAAAAAAAUCCACUCGCCUGCUGGAACUGACUUUGACAAGUUGAUGUAUCCACAGAGUGCAAAUGUGCUUAUGAGAGAGAAUGACCCUGUGUGGUGUGGUGAAAUUAGUAGUAGACCUCCUCCUAGGGUUGAGGGCUAUGAUAUUUUCACCUUGCCCACCAAGGAGCGCAUUGCCAGCAUUGUCAAUCAGAUUACAACUGCUAAAGGGAUGCCUUCAGCAGAUAUGCCGGUUGAUUCAGUAAACGUGUGGCCAGAUGGAGUCAUCAGUGAUCUUUUUGAGAGCUUGACAUGGACAAAUUACAACCGGGAAGAUGCUGAGAAAACCCAUUCACCUGCAAGAACUGACUUGGAGAAGCGGAUGAAUCCAGAGAGUGCAAAUGAGCAUAAGGAGGAGAGCAACCUUGGGUGCAGUUUUGAAAUUAGAGAUGUCAAACGUAAUAAUGACUGUUCCAAUACAGAAGUCAAGGGCCCCACUGGAGGACCACUGGUAGACUGCACCAAUUGGAUGGAGACUAAGUUAUAUACUGAUACAGGGGAGCCGCAGAGAAAACGCCGCCCACCAUCAAUAUCAUUGAAAAGAAUCCAAGGCCAGAAUACCUCUUCCUCGAAGCAAAUGAGCAAGUUGCUUCGGUCAGAAAAGGCUCCACAAAUGAAGCCACACCGUUCCUCUUGGCAGAGCCCCAACCAUCCAGCGUUAGCCCCCAAACCACCCGCUCACACUAAAAGGUGUAAACAACAACUGAUUAUUUCUUGCGCGAGGCAGAAAACCCAACAAAGACAAACCAGCGCCUCCACUUACCAACAAGACCGGCCGUUCCAAUUUCUGACAUGGAACCCUAAAGUGAAGAGUACUGAGGAACUGAUCCCAGAAGAGAAAAUGCAGAUGCUGGAGAAUGUUAGGCGGGCUAAGGCGCUGCUGCUAACCUUGGUAUACCAAGAUGGUACCACACAGUUACAGUCAGCAUUGGGUGUAGAGAAUCAGUCAGUGUGUGGCCUCCGUCUACUUCUCAUUAAUGAUCUGGACAACUGGCUAGCGAGCCACUCGCAUAACCAAAACGACCUCCUGCUGUACCAUAAACUGGACUGCAGCUCACCAGAGCCCCAACAGCAGAUUUUCACCAGAGACCUGGUGCUGCAGGUACUGUCACGAGCUGGUAUCACGGUGUGCUACGGAGCCAAGGAAUUGCUUUGCACGGCUCUGGAGUUGAACAAACAACAUCUCAGCUGGAAACAAGUGUCAGGCAGCCUUAUCCAGGACCCUCAGGUGUCAGCAUGGCUAUUGGACCCUGCAGAUCCUUGCUUCAGCUACCAGGACCUUCUUCGGAAACACAAAUAUACAUGGCUGUCCAAUGGAACACCUGCCAAUGUCUUCUCAGAACUGUAUUCCCUCUACUGCCUGAAUGAGAUGCUUUGUAGUAAAUUAAAGAGCCAGGGCCUUUGGAGGAUCUACUCAGACAUUGAGCUGAAAAUGAUUCCAAUUCUAGCAGCAAAAGUCCCCAACCAAGGCACAUCCAGUAUUAAACAUUCGAAAAGUCUCAAGGCACACCACCAAACUAAAGUGCAAAGUGUGGCAAACAGCUCUUGGAGUAAUUUUUAUAGGCUGACCACUCCUGGGAAGGUUCACCACUGUUCCAUGUUUUUUCCAUUUGUGGAUAAUGGCCCUCUCACUAAUCACAACGGUUGUGAACAGUACCCGGAUGUAGCCAUGGAGAGCCAACACAUCCAAAUGGACAAAGGUGUUUGGCAAAAUAUGUCAGACCUUCUGACGACUAAGAUGAACCAGUUGGAGAGCGCCGCCCAUGUAGCUGCUGGAGAGUAUUUCCUGAUCACCAGCUGCAACCAAAUCCGAAAAGUUCUCUUUGAGAAUUUGCGCCUACACGAACGCUUUAACAAGAAGAGGCUUCCCUCGCACAUCGCAGCAUUGCAGAAAAAUGCGUCAAAUGAAACAUUGCAGAUGUACAGGGACCUGCAUCCUUUACCAAACAUUAUUUUAGAGUACAGACAGGUUCAAAAGACCAAGGACAAAUUUGUCGACUGGGCCUAUGUGUGCAUGAAGGAUGAGGGCUACAUGUCCCCGAACUGGUCGCAGACACGUGCGGUGAUGGGCAGAAUCUCCUCAAAUAACCCAAACUUUGCGGCUAUCCCAAGAAAGCUGAUUCAUAAGCGACACGUCACAGGCGAGGAGCCAGAGGUGAUCAGUGUUAAUCCUCGGGCCAUGUACAUCCCUGCAAAAGGCUGUACCUUUGUCGCAGCAGACUUUUGCGAACUGGAGCUGCGACUCCUGGCUCACUUCUCCUGUGACCCCAAACUGCUCCACCUUCUUACUGACCCCGGGGCUGACAUCUUUGCCAUUUUAACCUCUGAAUGGAAAUGGAAACACACGCUUGAGGUGCCAUCAGAGGAAAGAGAACAAGCCAAGCGCAUCGUGUCCUCCAUUUUGUAUGGGCAAGGCCGUGAUGGCCUAACCUGCAUCAUGGGGGUGAGCGCGCUGCAGGCCCGCCAAUUUGCAGACAACUUCUUCCUGACAUACCAAAGAGUGAAAGCCUUCACACAGACGAUAAUCCAGCAGUGCCGCAGACAAGGUUUUGUGUGUUCCCUGGUGGGCCGCCAGCGACCCCUGCAAAAUAUUAACUCUGACAACGCAACUCUUCGCUUGCGAUCAGAGAAGCAGGCUGUUGGCUUUGUCCUUCAAGGUUCAGCUGCUGACCUCUGUAAGAUUGCCAUGAUCCAAAUCUCCGAGAUAGUCUCCACCUCCCAUACGCUCUCAGCCAGGCUAAUCGCUCAGUUCAAGGAUGAGCUCCUUUUUGAAGUGGAGGACGCACAGGUGGAAGAGUUUGCAGCUCUGGUGAAGCGCACCAUGGAGUCUUUAAGCCACAUCAACCAUGUCGGAGUCCAUCUUAAUGUCCGCCUGAAGGUGGCAGUCUCCCGUGGCAAGUCCUGGGGUUCCAUGUCUGCGCUUCCCAUCCCACCAGCUUAGCGCAUUUUUCGUAUCGCACUUUCUCUUCGUUCUUAUAUUUGAGUGCGGGUGUCUUCAUCACUCGGUUCUUCAUGUCACGCCUCAUUUGUCCAGCAUCCACAUCGCCAUGGAAACCCGGCAGCUGCUCCCGGCGCUCGCUUUUACUCCAUCCGUAUCCGGGGGCAACGGCAGGAGCCGCAGACUGGAUUGCACCAGUUCUUCCUCUCCCUUUCUCUCUUUCGCUCUUGCUUUCGUUCACGUUACACAUUUAAAUGAGUGUUAUUUAUACUUUAAUAUAUUUGGUUCAGCUCAGUUCAGCUGUGCUUAAUUCUAAAAUUCUCUCCUUUCUCCCUCUCUCAUGUUUCCAUUAAACGUUUCACUGAUUGCUAUUUAAACAUAUUUAUAUAACUUAACAUAUUUGUUAAUACAGUUCAAGAUAAUGUUCUGCACCUUAGUGAUCUGUUGGAUAAACCAUGCAUGUUCUCAAAUAUACUGUAUUCAAUGAAUUCGACCUCAAGCCCCAACCCCCCCCCCCACCAGCUACCACAACACUCAUUUGGCUCAAACCCCUUUUGUCUUGAUUCGAGCCCCUCGCACAAACGCACGCAUUCCACAAAUACUCGUACACAUUUUGCAAGCACACACACAUGCACUCUGUAUCCACCACCAGGCCACUGUGAAUGCACUCGUACAGACUUCCAGGCACAGUGACCGAAUUCCCUUGUCUCGGGCAACCAUGCUCUCUUUUUAUAUUGAGUAUCUACGUAUGUGAUUGGUCCAAGUCUACACAACUCUGUUCAAAUGCCAGGUUUUUGUGAUUAAAAAAUGUGACCAAGAUAUAACUAUCAUUCAUAUGCAGUGUCACUGCAUUCAACAAUUCUGGACAGCAGCAACAACCCAAACAACAGGACCGAGGAGGGACAAAUGUUUGAAGAAACGAGACGUUCGCGCCUAAAUGUUGUCAUUUUAUCAAGACGGCAAUUUAAGAUGUCACAUCAUAGAUUUGUGUCACAAAUCAAUCGUCUCUGUCUGAGUUAUUUUUAUCACGUCUACUAUAUGUUUCAAGUGGAAUUAAAUUAAACUGGCAUUUGAACAGGGGUGUGUACACUUUUUAUAUCCACUGCAUCCCCCUGUGUUCACCCCAAUGUGGCUACAAAUUGUACAACUACUUUUUCCAUCAAGGCUCUAUCUGAGCGGAGCUUGCACUGGACAGUGUUAUGGAAAUCUGGUCCUCUAUACUCUCAUUGUUCUGUUGGUUUAAGAGUGGACCCCCCGCCCCCCCUCCUCCUCCCCUGCGGAGGGGAGCGUGAGACCGGCAUAUGCACAUUCUCGAGGGCUCGCUACAUUUUUGGAGAAGUGGUGUCCAAAGUCAGACAGCAGUAAGAAUGGUCCAGUUGGCAUGGGCAACAGUAAGAGCUUCCCCGCCAUGCUGCCAUGGCAACUGUAAAACGUCACACUUGGGACAGAGGCAUGCCAAAUUGCAUUGCUUUUGCAUUCUCCGUUUUGCUUGGCUGGCAGGCGAGAUGCAGUGUGGCAUUGGGUGUUCGGAAUGUGGAUGGAAGCCUGAGAUUCAUGGCUCCCUGUGCUGGCGUGGGUUUUCUCCGGGUAUGCUGGCAAACAUCCAAAGUCCACACAGGAAGGCCAAAGCUGAAGUUCAAACCCCAAUCGUCAGAGCUGUGCGGCAGACGUGUUAACCGCUACCUCACGCUGCAACUGGUAAAAAAUGUAGAAAAUAUAUAUUCCUGUAUCUGUACCUUUUAGAUUCUUGUCACGCACCACCUCUUGACAAGGUUUUAUGGAAAUUGGUUUUGUUGUUUUUGCAUACUAAAUGUCUCUGUCCUACUCUACUGGUGUGCCAAAAGGUGACACAGAAGGUGUGCGGUAUGCUCAGUUUAGAUAGUGUGAGACUGCGCACUUUCCGUUAUAUCGACCUGUCACAGAGCGCAAUUGGGACGAUGCAAUGUGUGGCCACACAGUCAACACAGUGAACCUUCACUAUUAGCGUAAAUAGCAAA